GUUAUGGACAAUCCCGGCAGGCCCGCUGACCGAGUCUUCGUCAGCCAUGGCCACUCUGACCACCCUGGACAGGAGAGUGGAGACUGUGCUGUGGCAUCCGACAGCAGAGAACAUCCUGGGCUUCUCUUCAGACAGAUCUGUCAGGAUAUGGGACGUGGGGACACAGCAGGAAGCUUAUGUGCUAGAGGAUCACAAUGACUUAGUGCAGAGUUUUUCAUGGAAAGAAGAUGGCAGCCUGUUAGCGACAUCUUGCAAGGACAAGAAGAUCAGGGUUCUAGAUCCCAGAGCUGGUUCAACAGUACAGUCAGGUGAUGGCCACCAGAAUGUGCGUGACUCCCGAGUGUUGUGGCUAGGAGACAAGGACAUGCUGUUGUCUGUAGGGUUCAGUAAGAUGCGUGAACGUCAGUACAUUAUGUGGGACCCUCGCAACAUGGGCCAGUCUCUGGCCACGGAAACACUGGAUUCCAACACUGGCCCCAUCAUGCCUCUGUAUGAUGCAGAUACAGGAAUGCUCUUCCUUGCUGGAAAGGGUGACUCUGUUGUCCGAUACUUUGAAGUCACCUCGAAGCAUCCGUACCUCUCAGAGUGCCAGCCCCACAUGAGCUCGGAGCAGUUGAAAGGCGUUGCCAUGGUGCCCAAGCGAGCCAUGGAGGUGAUGGCAGGAGAAGUGAACCGGGUGUUACUGCUGGUGCACCAGGCCAUCAUACCUCUUCCAUACAUCGUGCCUAGGAAGACUUAUCGUGACUUCCAUGAAGAUCUAUACCCUGAUACAGCAUCAGGACAGCCUGCCAUGACAGCACAGGAGUGGAGGGAUGGAGGGAAUAACAUGGUGACGAAAAUCUCCCUGGAUCCAAAGAAAAGGCCCACAGCCCCUUCAAGGCAAAGUGGUGGAGGCCCCCCUCCCCCAGCUGCAAGUACUAGACCCACCCUUCCUCCCAGUAAACCAGUGGUACAAGCCAAGCCACCCACCCAGAACAUGGAGCCUGUGGCAAGCACACCUGUUGAACCUGUGAAGGAAGACAGAAAGCCGCCGGCUGUUCAGGCACCUAAACCAGCUGCUACACCUGCUCCUAAACCAGCUGUUACACCUGCCCCUGCACCUGCAGCGACCAACAGGGAGGUAACGGACAAACUUCCCAGCAAGGACACGGCUACUAAGGAGUCACCAACUGAGGAAUCUGCUAGUCAGAAAGGGAGUAACAGGAAGAGCAUGUUCCUCGCAGGCAUUCCCACGUCCAAGUUCCGCCAUCUGAAGUGCACCACGUUACACAAGUCCUCCCACAUAGUCAACAUCCGGAACCUGAACGUGUCUCUGUUCGGGGAGUGCGACGGUUUCCAUGCCAACCCGGACAGGGUAGCUGUGCCACUGUCUGUCACCGGUGGACAGAUUGCAAUAUAUGAGGUUUCCCAGCCAGGCAGGUUACCAGACACAGGAGUACCUACUGUACAGAAUGGCACCACUGUCAUGGACUUCUGCUGGGACCCCUUCAACAAACGCAGGCUGGCUGUCGCUGCUGAUGCCACAAUCAACAUUUGGCACAUCCCAGAAGGUGGUUUGACUGAGACACUGACAGAGCCUGAGUUUUGCCUUAGAGGUCAUGAGGAGAAAAUCUACUGUAUGAAGUUCCACCCCACAGCGAGCGACAUCAUGGCAUCUGCAUCGUUCGACAUGUCAGUCAGAGUAUGGGACUUGUCAGCCGAGCAACAGGUUUUUAAACUAAGAGGACACACAGACCAGAUUUUCAGCCUGGCCUGGAGCCCAGAUGGACAGUACCUUGCCACGGUGUGUAAGGACGGGAGCAUCAGGAUAUAUAACCCCCGGGACAGCACCCGGCCUCUCAGGGAGGGAGAUGGCCCAGUAGGUGCCAGAGGUGCCAGGGUGGUGUGGGCAUGUGAUGGCAAGUGCCUGGCAGUUACUGGGUUUAGCAGGUCAAGCACACGGACCAUUUUUGUAUUCAGUGCUGAGGACCUGUCUGCACCCCUGACUACUGUAGGCAUUGAUGAGUCUACUACAAUCCUUGUGCCUUAUUAUGAUGAGGACAGCAGGGUGCUGUUCCUUACUGGAAAGGGAGACAGUCAAAUUUUCUCAUAUGAAGUCAGCACAGAGAAGCCCUACCUCAUUGAGCUGGCAACUACAGCCUUCAGCUUACCACAUCAGGGAGUGUCUUUCCUACCUAAGAAUGUGUGUAAUGUCAAGGAUGUGGAAUUUGCACAAGCCUACCAGCUGAACAAAACCACUCUAGAGCCGUUAUCCUUCACUGUGCCAAGAGUCAAGAUGGAGUACUUCCAAGAUGACCUGUUCCCUGACACCAGAGCAUCCUGGGAGCCUGCCAUGACAGCUCAGGAGUGGUUGGAUGGAGGAAACAAAGUACAGAGGAUCGUCAGUCUCAGGCCUUCAGACAUGAAGCCAUUGAGUGAAGCCCCAAAAGAAGCUCCUGCUCCAAAGAAGUAUGAGAGUUACAACCCUGAUACUUACAAGACUGAUGAGCAAAAGAAGGAAGAGCUCAUGCGAGCCAUGGACAGUAAAUUGGAGUUGAAGGGAGACCCUCUACCCCAGGACCUCUGUGAGGGAGUUGACGAUGAUGAGUGGGAUGAUUGAUCACGGCCCGGAGAACUCCCAACCUCCGGAGCCAUCAGGGAUGGGGAUCACCUGCCAAGGGGGAAGAGAUGGAGAAAUCAAUUGAGUCUUCAUCCCUGCACCUCAACCAUGGCCGGGGCAGAGUUGAGACAAUUAUGUGAGCAAAGGGAAGAAGGUCUCCGGUGGAGCACAGUCAUCUCUCUGCUCCAGUGCUGGUAAAUUGGUUGAUAUUUAAAGAAAGAGCAAUUCUAUGCUGCACACUUUGACUUUGGGCAGCAGAAGUUUAGACUUGUAUGUGAGCAAUAUAUCAAAACUGUACUGUAGAAAGGAAGGUCAGUACCCGUACAGUAAAGUUUCUACUUGCGUGUUGUGAAAGUGUGGUAGGAAUACUGUGUUUGAAGGAACAAAAUGAAUAGUCUACUCUAUGCACCAUUGAAUCAGAAUUAUUGCCCAUUUUGUAAUAUUUUGAAUGUUAUGAUUAUAUAACAGUGACUAAACAAAACAGUACAUUCUCCGAUGCAAUGUAAUUAACAUGAGUGGGGUACUUUAUAACAAAUGUCAUAAUUUUUCUAACAAUACAUAUGUAUGAUACUCAAUGCUUAUGAAAACAGCACUGUAGCCUUGGCAGUAUCUGACACCUCAGAGUUCUGUUAUUGAGAUGAAAUCAACAGCACUGUUUCUACAGAUUAGGAGCAUAAUAUUUAUGCCAUGAAUUGUACUACAUGUAAUUCUGCCUAGCAGCAGACACUUUGAUGGCUCGUGAUGAAAGCCAGUAACUCCUUGAAUUCUACAAUAUCAGUUGAAUAUCUUGUAAUUGGUAAAAUAGAAUGAUUGUUGUUUUAGAGAAUUUGAUUACUUAAGUGAUACAAAGAGACUGGGUGUCAUUAAGUUUAACAUUGACUGGUUAAAAAAUUUAUGUACUUUUUUUUUAAUAUGAAUGCAUUAAGUCUGCAAAAUCUAUUUAGCUGUCAUCAUCUUUUCUGCACAGAAAUGAAAUUACUUUGUUUACAUGUUAAUGUAGUGGUUAUUGAAUUAAUGGAACUAACUUAAUAAUAUUGCAAUGCAAUAAUAAAUCAGUAGAACAAAGUUAAUGUGAAA